ACUUUCCUGAUCCAAAUAAGCCCCGGCCCUGAGUGAGACACCAGGAGGGAGGGAGCCGAGCGCGCGCGCGCCAGCCACUUCCUGAGCGCGCCCUCUCCCUUCUCCUCCUCCGGAGUAGGAUCCCCGGUGCCUGCCUGCCUGCCCCGCGAGCCCCUUCCCCCGCCCGGGUCCCCCUGCACGCUCAUCCUCGGUGACGUCUCUCCGGGGGCAGCUGCUGAGCCCAGCGUUACUCUGUCAAGCGAGCGGGGCUUCCAGGGGGAAGGAACUCCAGCCGCUCGCCUUGACGCUCCAGCGCCCGCGCGCGAAACUCCCUGCCAGCGAGGCUCUGCCUCCUCCGCCUCAGCUUUGGCUGAGCGGAUGCCAAGCGGCGAUCCUCUGCACCAAACCCUCUUUGCGCCUCGCCAGCCAGCCAAGUGGUGGUGAAAGAGAAACUUUGGGUGCGUUUCCAGCCGUCUCUGCAGCAGCAUGAAAUCAGCCGAGGAAGAACAUUAUAACUAUGCAUCUUCAAAUAUAAAUUCAAGUUUGCCUCUAAGUGUGGCACAUCCUUCAUUGUCAACUCCAUGUCAUGGCCUUCAGACAUCUAAUCCAGUCAUUUCGAUUGUCCCAUCAACUAAUCAUCCCCCGGGAUAUGGAGGCCACACUGACAGUGGUACCGCUGGAUAUUAUCUGUCUCCAAAUGUCAGACCUAAUGGAGUGCCAGCAUUAGAAAGCCCUAGAAUUGAAAUAACCUCUUACUUAGGACUGCAUCAUAACAACAAUCAAUUCUUCCACGAUGCUGAGGUUGAGGAGGCCAUCCCAAAUGCAAAGAGAUCACCUUCUACUGCCACAUUGAACUUGCCAAACAUUGAGGCUUAUAGAGACCCAUCAUGCCUGAGCCCAGCAAGCAGUUUGUCUUCCAGAAGUUGCAAUUCAGAAGCAUCUUCCUAUGAAUCCAAUUACUCUUAUCCCUAUACUUCUCCCCAGACCUCUCCUUGGCAGUCGCCAUGUGUAUCGCCUAAGACCACUGACACUGAGGAGGGAUAUCAGCGCAACAUGGUAGCCUGCACAUUACUUAACUCACCCAGACAUUCUCCUUCUGGAUCUCCCAGAACAAGCAUUACUGAGGAAAACUGGGUGAGUACUCGCAACUCUAGGCCAUCUUCUCCUUGUAACAAGAGAAAAUACAGUUUGAAUGGCAGGCAGACUUCCUACUCACCACACCACUCUCCAACACCUUCUCCCCAGAGUUCUCCAAGGGUUAGUGUGACUGAUGAGACAUGGCUGGGAAAUACUAACCAGUACACCAGUUCAGCCAUUGUUGCAGCUAUCAAUGCCCUCACCACUGACAGCACGAUAGACAUGAAUGAUGGGAUUCCUAUCAAAUCCCGGAAAACUGCAAUAGACCACACCCCUUCCAUGACACUCAAGACUGAACCAAGUGGUGAUGAUCAUGGGACCAUAUCACCAACAGCUGACUUAUCACCAGAAGAAUUUCCUGGAUUCCAGCACAUCAGGAAGGGAAGCUUCUGUGAUCAGUAUCUCUCAGUGCCACAGCAUCCUUAUCAGUGGGCCAAAUCAAAGCCGCUGUCUCCAACAUCAUACAUGAGCCCAUCCUUGCCUGCUCUGGAUUGGCAGUUGCCAUCUCACUCAGGACCUUAUGAACUUCGGAUUGAAGUGCAGCCCAAAUCCCAUCACAGAGCCCAUUAUGAAACGGAAGGGAGUCGAGGGGCUGUGAAGGCAUCGGCUGGGGGACAUCCAGUUGUGCAGCUACACGGUUACUUAGAAAGUGAACCACUCACGCUACAGCUGUUCAUUGGGACUGCAGACGACCGCCUGCUGCGACCCCAUGCCUUCUACCAGGUUCAUCGGAUCACUGGGAAAACCGUUUCUACUACCAGCCAUGAAACCAUACUUUCUAACACCAAAGUCUUGGAAAUUCCACUUCUACCUGAAAACAACAUGAGAGCAAUCAUUGACUGUGCUGGAAUACUGAAACUUAGAAAUUCAGAUAUUGAACUGCGGAAAGGAGAAACUGAUAUUGGAAGGAAGAACACACGAGUUCGUCUGGUCUUCCGUGUUCACAUUCCUCAGCCCAAUGGGAGAACUCUUUCUCUGCAAGUAGCAUCCAACCCAAUUGAAUGUUCUCAGAGAUCUGCUCAGGAACUGCCUUUGGUGGAGAAGCAAAGCAUGGAUAGCUAUCAUGUGAUGGGCGGUAAAAAAAUGAUACUGACUGGACACAACUUUCUUCAAGACUCCAAAGUCAUUUUUGUGGAGAAAGCUCCAGAUGGUCAUCACGUGUGGGAAAUGGAAGCCAAAACUGACAAAGAAUUGUGCAAGCCAACCUCAUUGGUGAUUGAGAUACCACCAUUCCGCAACCAGAGAAUAACAAGUCCUGUCCAGGUUAAUUUUUAUGUCUGCAAUGGAAAGAGAAAGAGAAGCCAGUGCCAGCUUUUCACCUACCUUCCUGCUAAUGUUCCAAUUAUAAAAACAGAACCCACUGACGACUAUGAGCCUGCUCAAACCUGUGGACCAAGGAACCAAGGAUUAAGCCCUCUCUCUAAACCUUACUACAGCCAGCAGAUCAUGAUGCCUCCUGAUCCUGGCUCGUGCCUUGUGGCUGGCUUCACUUCCUGUCAGCAGAGAAACACUGUGAUGUCAUCGUCUCCCAGCUCAAGUCCUAAGCUGCAUGAUCUUUCCACUCCUGCUUACAAGUGCAUCAGCAACCCAGGCCACAGCCACCUAGGACUUCAGCAGACCGUUGGAGGGGUCCCCACCAUACAGGAAGUGCCAAGGUCUAUAGUUGUGCACCCAAGCUCUCCAGAUCAGGCAUCUCACAUCAUGCUGCAGCCGCAGUAAACGAAAUAAUAAGGAAUGAUCUCUCCAGCACCAACGUCCAUUCAUAGCUGGCCAUCUCGAAAUGCUUGCUGUUUUAUGCUUAGCUGAGACAUCGGCUUCAGAUAAACUGAAGAUAAUCCCCGAUACCUCUCUGCUCUUCCACUUUCUUGAAUGUUUGGAACUGACAGUUACCUCUUUUGUUUGUGUGUGCGUGCGUAAUAUAUCUCAAAAAAAGCUCACUCACUGACUUCAACCAGAAAAACACCUUCUUAAGAAAAAUCAUCUCAAGGAAAAUGGAGGAAAUAAGGUGGCGUGUUUCGUGGGUUAAAAUAGGAAAAGUGACACAACAGUGAAUCACUGGCUGCAGAAUCUAUUUUUUCCCCUUUGGCUCUACUAAACAACGAUUCUUGAAGUGCCUUCUUUUGUUAGCUUAUGGUAUCAGGACAUUUUACUGGCAACUUUGAAUCUGCUGCCAUCUAAAGUAUUUCCAGGCACAGAAACUAUAAACAAAUUAGAACUUAAUGUGUUAAAGAAAAAACUGCUGGUAUAAAUAAAAAAAUUCUGUUCAAAAUAAAUGCCAGGACUUCUUCGCCUUUCCCCCCUUGAACUGUAUUUUAUAUCUUCUUGCCUUAUUCCCAAUACACUUUUUAAAAAUCUAGACAGUCAUCUCAGCUGUAUAUUCUUCAGCCUACCCAAGGUCAGUGCUAAUGAAUCAUAGGAUUGUUAAUUGUAUAAGCAUGUUGAUAUUUUGGCUCAAAUCUGGCUUCAAACACAGCACAAGUGAACUGAAUAGCACAAAAAAGUUGAUGGAAAAACCCCAUUUACAUUGAUCUCUUGCUCAAAUAAUGUAAGUGUAUGCAUGUACAAACUAGUUUAUAAUAUAUAUACAUAUAUUUAUAUAUGGCAGGUAUUCCUGGUUGCCUUGUGAAGGCUUGAAUUCAGCAAUAAAUUUCUGCUUCUGAGAAUGCAGUCCACAUCCCAAACAAAGGCUCUUGCUACAUUUCUGUGUUGUGGGUAUUUUAUGUUUAAGACAAGUACGCAUUUUCUUUCCUCAUGCUGGUAACAAGCACUUUAGACAGUCAAGAUGAAUGCAUAUGGCAUAUGUAUUAAUUACCAAAUGACAAAGGAUGAGUUAAAGCAAUUGUAAAUACUGUUAUCAAAGAAUGUAAAAUAUUUGUUCAAUUAUAAGAUUAUUAUUCCACUGAAGCCUUAUAACUCUUUGCUACAUGUACCACAAAUAUUACAAAACCAAAUGUUUUGAUAAGCAGCACUGUAUAUGUUUCCUGAUUUGGCUUUGUGUUCAUAGAGUACAUAUAGAACUUGUGCAUGCACUGUAGCCUUUAACAUCAUAUUUUGUACCAUCAACAAGUAUACCAUGUAGGUAGCAACAUAUUAUUUCCCAUAAGCAGCAAGAAAGCAUGGCUUCAUUUUUAAAGCAUUUAACUUGAAUAUUGUGCCUUAGGAAAGAUGUGUGAAGUACACCUCCCUAACUAAGGUGGUGACAAAUUAAGUGCAGUGUACAGUUUAUGCAAACUCAACAGGUUUCACAAAAAGGUGAAACAGUCCUAACCAUUUAGAAAUAUUACUCUGUAUAAUUAUGUCUUACUUGCUUUAUAACAAACAAAAAGCCAUAUUUGUAACUUUUGCACAGUACUGUGAAAAACAUAAGAAUAUAUAAUAUGGCUAUAUGUAAACAGGGCUUUUUUUCAGCAGGAACGCAGGGGAACGGAGUUC